CGGCCACCGGUGGCAGCACUGAGCGCUGCUGAUGACUGGGAGGCGGUGACGUCUGAGAGCGAAAAGGACCCAGAUGUUUUCCUCGAAAUAAAACUGCGUAAGCUUGUUGGAAUAAAUCGAGCUUCGCCUCCCGAAUUCUACAUUCUCUCUCCGGUGUCCAGCAGCAGGCAGGAUGUCUGUGACUAUGACCAAGGCUGAGGGGGUCACUGUGUUCACUUUGACCUCGGACCCCCAAAGUGCUUGGCCUCCUCUGUGCCAGAUCUUCAAGGGUCUUUGCUACAGUCCAGUUUGCUGCUCGGUGUCUCAGCAGCUGAGGAGGAUCCAGAGAACUUCUCAGUCAGUGCUGGGGACUCUGCAGAUUAUGGUUGGGCUGCUCAAUCUUGUCCUUGGAGCCAUUGUCCUCGGCCCUAGUUCCUGGUGGCAUUUAUAUUAUUUUGCCAUGUUUCCUUUUUGGUUGGGAGCAUUGUUCAUUGUGUUUGGCAUCGUGUGCAUUUUGUCUGAGAAGUACCCCAGUCCAUGUUUGGUCAUCCUCACCCUGGUUCUGAAUCUGGCAGGAGUUGCUUUUGCCAUUACAGCCAUUGUUAUGUACAGCAUCAGUGUAGCGGACACAUAUAUGGGGGGGUGGUAUUGGUAUUGUGACCAUAAUGAUUAUGACUACUACGGGUACAGAAGACAUCAUACUACAACAACUCCAUCUCCUGAGAGGGAUGUCUUGCAGGAGAAGUGCUUGGAGGCCAGAGAACUGGCUCAGAUGCUGCUGAGAGGAAUAUUUGGUUUCCUGAUCGUCUUGUCAGUCCUGGAGCUCUGUGUCGUCAUCAGCUCUGUUGUGUUGGGGAUCAAGGCUCUGAGGAGCAGACAGAAGGAAUCAAACAAGAGCGCUGAAGAGCCAGAAUCCUUCAAACCACUGCUGGAUGAAGUCACCACUGAUCCUGGAGCCUGAAUGUCAGCAGGAACUGUGAUCCUGCAGCUUUAAACCACUGACUCUCUGUGCUGCAGCGUCAGUGAAGCACACAAAUUCAGAUGGUACAGUCUUCACAUUCUGGCACUAUGCUGAGCUUUGCUUAAAACUAAAUGCACUUCUACUAUAUCAUCUCUUUAUGUUAGUGAUCUGCACUAAACUGAAUAUGCUGCUGUUCAUUUUAAUCUUUGUUUUGGUCUUUUUAAGUAAUUUUUCUAUGGAGGGAUGUGCCUUACAGUCUAGAUGUUUGUUGCUAGAAAGGAGUUUGUAGAUGUUCAUGUGGCAUUACUGGGUUUCUUGUUGCUUUUUUACAAUAUUAUGCAUGCCAAUAAAAAAUCAAGGUGUAAAAGCUGCUGACUGUUACAUGUUUUUAUGUGUAUUGUGACGACCCUCCACCUGGACAGGUGUUCCUGUCUGGUCUUUCUGGAGCUGAGGGUUGUCAGCUGAUGAGCUGUGAUCAAGUGGCUCAGCUCCAUUUAAUCCCUCUCACUCCUACUCCAGGUCUCUCUCUGACAGGAGAUGCUGCCUGUGGGAGCUCCAGCCUCAUGGUUUUGGGUUUUGUUUGCUGUCUUUAAUUCACAGGAUUGGUUAUUUGCAUUGCAAUAAAUCCAUUUUUAGUCACCA